AUGGCGCCGGACAAGAGCCAGUUCCGCUACGAGCCCGCACCCCCCAUACCUACAUACGACGAGGCCAUCGCUUCCGGCGCCGGCAGCCAUACCGUCUUCGAAGCCCCACACUCCCCUCUCGACGCCACAGACCAUACAGAAGGCCACUCCCUGCUCGGCGGAACGGCAUCAUCAUCGAGUAACAAUGACCGAACCCGUCCACCGCAAGGCUACCGGCCACCCACGGUCGAGACAGACGACGAAGGAGAGCCGUGGGGCUCAUCCGACGACGAUAGCGAUUCCGAGGCGGAUCACGUCCGACGCGAGAUGCAAGAGAUGGAAAUAGACGACUCCAGCCACCGUUCGCAAAGUAUAUGGGGCAAGCGCAUAGGGAGGUUCUCACUACCACGAUGGAAGUGGGGGUGGAGGUUACCACAAAUAUCACUACCCCGAUUCAGGAGACACGAUGCGAACGCCAGUCUGGAAUCCGCCACGACGCCAGCCGCCAACGAUGACACGAAUAACAGUAAUAACGAAGAACAACCAAGCGCUGGAAGUCGAUUCGCCUUCCCAACAUUCGGCAGCACCGCCCUUUUCCUGAUGGUUGCGCGCCUCCUCGCCCUGUUUCUCCUUCUCGGCUUUGUUUACUUGAUAUUUGUCUCCGAUGUGUUCGGGAACAUGUCGCGCCGUCUCGGCUCGGGAAUGUUCAAUCCCAACGAUAUCCGGGAAUAUUUGGAAUCCAACAUCAGUUCCAAUCAGAUCAAGGACAAUCUCCAGCAUUUUACCUCGUACUCUCACCUAGCUGGUACCGAAGGCGACUACGCCCUGAUGGAGGAUAUUGAGUUGCUCUUCCGUAAAUACGGCCUCGAGGACGUUUCGCGUGACACUUAUCACGUAUAUCUCAAUUACCCCAAAGCCGACGGGCGUGCGGUGGAAAUCAUGGACGACAAGGCGAACAACGGAAAAGGCAAGGCUAUAUGGUCUGCGAAGCUGGAGGAGAAUGACCGGGCAACGGGCUUGGCCGGACACCAGACGUGGGCUUUUCACGGUCACUCGAAAACGGGUGAGGUUCGUGGCCGGCUCAUCUACGCCAACUACGGCUCGCGCGAGGAUUUCCAGCGUAUCAAGGACCUUGGGAUCCAGACCACCGGCGCCAUCGCGCUUGUUCGCUACUACGGCCCCCACGCGGAUCGCGCUCUGAAGGUCAAGGCUGCUGAGCUCGCAGGUUUCGCAGGUUGUCUCAUCUAUUCGGACCCACUCGAUGACGGCUUCAAGAAGGGCGACACUGCCCCGAAGGGGCCUUUCAUGCCCGCCGAUGGAGUCCAACGUGGCAGCGUCAGUCUCAUGUCGUGGGUCGUCGGCGACGUGUUAACCCCGGGCUGGGGCAGCAAGGAAAAAAUGCCAAGAAUGAAGAAGGAACAGACGAAGGGACUGGUCAAGAUCCCCUCUCUCCCCCUUGCCUGGCGUGACGCCAAGGUGCUUUUGCAGCAUCUCAAGGGCAAGGGCCACCGUGUGCCGGAAGACUGGGUGGGCGGUGUUCCUGAUGUUGACGAGUGGUGGACAGGCGACCACGAGAGCUCGCCCAUUGUCCGGCUCAUGAACGACCAAGACGAAAACGAGAAGCAGGCCAUCUGGAACGUUUAUGGAAGCAUUCUGGGUAUCGAGCAGGAAGAGAAGAAGGUCAUCAUCGGUAACCAUCGUGACGCAUGGACUUUGGGCGCCGCUGAUCCCCAUUCGGGCACCGCCAUCAUGCUCGAGCUGGCCCGCGUCUUUGGCGAGUUGUUAAAAAUGGGCUGGCGCCCGCUCAGGACUAUCCAGUUUAUGUCAUGGGACGCAGAGGAGUACAACCUCAUCGGCUCGACCGAAUUCGUUGAGCAGAACGACGAUAUGUUACGCAAAGACGCGCUUGCGUACAUCAACCUCGACACCGCAGUAACGGGCAACACCCUGCACGUAGCCGGCUCGCCCGUGUUCAAGGGUCUCCUGAUGCAAAUUCUCGAAAUAGUCAGGGAUCCCUAUGAGAACGCCACGCUGAAAGAGCUCUGGGAGCGCAGAAACGCCAAUGACCUCGAGGGCCUCGGCGCGGGCUCGGACUAUGUUGCCUUCCAGGACAUUGUCGGCACGUCCUCCAUUGACCUGCACUUCGACGGCAAGGGCCACCCCUACCACUCCAGCUACGACACGUUCGAGUGGAUGGAGCAGGUUGGCGACCCGGACUUUGUUCACCACACGAUGCUGGGACAGGUCGUCGCUCUUCUCCUGUACGAGCUGGUCGAUCGUCCCGUCUUGCCGUUUGACAUGCCGCACUAUGCCGAGAAGAUUCGCGACUGGACUGGGGAGAUCGUCAGGUGGGUUGAGGAUCAGGCCAAGAACGCAAAGAAGGAUGCCAUGCCCAAGGAACUUGCGGCGUCGCUCGACAGCAUGAUAAAGGCCAGCAAUGAGGUCAUGGAUGCCGUGCGUCGGUUUGUGGCGUGGGAGCAUGAGUGGCAGUCGAGUGUGAUUGCAACCGGUGGGUGGGAGCCUUCCGGGUGGGGCAGGAGGAGGUGCGAGUUCAAUUCGAAGAUGGCGUGGUUUGAGACGGAUCUGUUGGAUCCUCAGGGUAUCCCAAACCGCACCCAAUUCAAACACGUUCUAUUCGGCCCCCAACUCUGGUCCGGCUACGACGAGGCCUACUUCCCUUCGAUCCGCGACACCGUCGACUCGGGAGACUGGGGUCUGGCCAACCGCACCAUCGCCAAGGUUGCCGACAUUAUCAAACGGGCGGCGGCGAACUUGGCCGAGGGGACUCUUGGAGUAUAG